AUGCAAGAUUUAUAUCAUGAGAAAUAAACACUUAUGUUAUGUGGAUUAUGUGCUGUUAAUAAUUUAUUGUAGAAAUAACAGUAUUAUAAAAAAUCUAUGAAUGAACUAGCUGAAUAAUUACCAAAUGUAUCAAAUAGUUUAUUCAAUUAACAUUCAAGGUAAAUAUGAAUCUAUAUAUAUCAGUUUAUUCAAAAUUGGAAAUUAUUCAGCCGAUCUUUUAAUUACAGCAUUAGAAUUAGUUGGAAAAAAAGUAGUUUACUUUGAUAAAAGAAAAAUAGAAAAUUUAUAAAUAAUAUUUACAGAUCAUAAAGUAUUGGGUCUUUUACUUAAUAGAGUAUAAAAAAGUUUUUUUAUAACAACCAAUCAUUGGUUUGCUAUUUUAUAAAAAAAUUAAAAGUGGUAUAAUUUAGAUGGAAAAUUGAAAGAAUAUACAAGUUUUGAUAGUUAUAAUUAAUUGAUGGAUUUUAUUAAAAAGGAUCUAUAAAAUUUAAGUAUUUUUAUAGUCUAUAAUGAUAUGAUUUAAGAACAAAAUGCUUAUUAAUAAGUGGAAAAUUUUUAAUAGAAUUCUGAUAAAAAAUAAAUUAAUAUUGAAUAGGAAUUAAUAGAUGAGAAAUUAUAAUAAGCAGAUAAUGAAAUAUUUAAUUAAUAAGAAUAAUAAUAAUAAUAGGAAUAAUAAUAAUAAUAAUAAUAAUAAUAAUAAUAAUAAUAAUAAUAAUAAUAAUAAUAAUAAUAAUAAUAAUAAUAAUAAUAAUAAUAAUAAUAAUAAUAACAUUAAUUAGAUUAUAUUUAAUAGAUGAAUAAUCAAGAACAUAUAAAUUUCAAUGAAUAAACUUAAAAUUAAACUUUUAAAGAGACUUGA